UUAUUUUUCUGUCUUUAUAUGUGGCAUCACAAUAUUAAAUUAAAUAAGGAAUACAUGUUCUAAUGUUGAAAAUAAUAUUGCUGAAUAUAUUAUGUGGCUUUAUUUUUAUAUUAAUAAUAAUUGUCGAGCACAAAGAAGAGGAGGUUAAUAUCGUAUAGCUUCCGGCAGAUGUCGAAUAAUAAUUUUUACGUGAAUUUUUUUCAAUCUCCAGAUCACGGAAACUGCGCGCCACGUUUUAUCAUUUUAUCACAUACCUCGAUAGCCGAGAAAAGAGAUAGCUUAGAAAGAUACCUGCAUGGAAUGUAAUAGGGAGAUGCAGGUUUGCAUCCUGAUUGAUGUAUUAUCUAUAUAUUUCGAUCAAUAAACCUGAUAAAAACAUUUUUCAAAAUUUUUAUACGAAUUGGAAUACUUUUCAAAAAUACUGUGAGAAAAUCUUUUCUCAAAAAUUUUUUCAUACACAGUGAUAAAAGUAUUACCACAGUGCAGUUGUUAUUAUAAAACGGCCGAUAUCUAAAAAAAAAUAAUAAUAAAAUUCUAAUUUUUGUAACAAAAACACAUGACUUUUCUUUUUUAUAUAUAAUUUUAUAUAUAAUUAUAGGAAUUAACAUAAAAUAAAUGCAAUUACAAAAAAAGAAUUAAAAUUGUCUUCCAAACAGGAAAAACUCAAUACCAGAGCAUGUUCUCAAAUUUUCGCUUUUGUUCAAUGUUUAUUUUUUAAAUUGUUCGGUUCGUUAUAUUACGCGUCAUAUGCGUGUAGAUAUUCAUGUGACUCGCCAGCCAAUUAAUUUGUACGCGACGUGACCUGUCGCGUCUUACAGGUUUUAAUUUUAUUAGCUUGCGCCGCGGCGCGUCGACAUUUAUUGAACAAAAAACCGAACAAUUGUUUAAGACGAGUCUUUACGUUUGCAGCAAGAAAAAGAUUGUGGCAAUGCCAUCUCUACAGCACAAUUGAUAGAUUACAUGUAUAAUUUAUAGCUGCGACCAAUGUAUAAAUGUUUUAAGGCAUUUUUUGAUGAAUUAAUAAAACUUUUUGUUCCGAUUGGUCAAUCGGUUCUUCUGGGCAAGGAGAAUUUUAUUAAUGUUUCAGAAGCAUUUAUAAAAAUUAUUUAUAAAAUAUUUUAACAAGCUGAAGGUUUUAAAAAUAAAAAAUUAUUAUUUAGCAUUAAGAACCGCUGUGACUGGCAUAGGCCUGCUAAUCUUAUAUUUGACAUUUUCAUCAGUCUGAAUCUAAUUUAUUAACAGUUAUUUUUUAUACCUUUUUAUAACUUUAUAUAACAUAAUAUUAACAGCACAUAUACUUUCUCGAAUUAAAUCAAUUAAAUUUUUAUUAAAAUAAGAUAUAUACUUGAAUUAGUUAAAGAGUAAUAUUUUAUAAAAUAAUUAAGAUAAAACCACGUUCUCGUAUAAGCAAUUCAAAUCGAGAUAGACCCAUAGACGGUCAUGGCAAGAUCUUAAUGCUGAAUAAUGUUCCUUAUAUGUCUUUGUAAAUAUCUUUUUCAAUUUUCCAAACUAUGCACCGUUAAUUUCCGUUUCAAUCACACAUCUUAAAUUUAACCAGAAAAGAAAUAUUUUGACAUCAAAUUAUAAUAAUAUUUUACCGUUUAUUUUAUUUAUUGUUUAUGCUGUCUUUAAUUUUUGUUAAAUCAGAGUAGAUAAAAUUUGCAAAUCCAGAUAAAUUUCCAUUAAUUCUAAAUUUCUAAGAAUAUUAUUAACAUCAAAGUCUAUGAAUUAUGAAGCAAUUUCUAGCCAUUAGUAACAUUCAUUAGUAAUAUAACGAGCAAAAUAAUGCUAUCAGGAUAGUUAAUAUCACAACUUAUCUUCUUUUGUUAAUGCAGUUCUGAGAUAAUGUUCUCUGCCGGACUGACCACGUUUUUCCGGUGUGUUCUCAUCGCAUUGACAUUGUCAAGCCGCCGACUGUGUAACAUUAGCGAGCACGCCAAACCCUGGACUUCGCGGCUACCGGAAUAUAUUUACUAAACAGCACGUUAUACGUUACACGUCAAUCACCAUAAAAAAGCGGCGCGGAAGAACUGUCUAUCUUAAUCGCGCACUCGACCAUGGAUUCAAUCGUCGGUCGAAUGCGACACCCGAAAUAGUCAUUGCUAUCGCUACGAUACAUUCAACAUCGAAAAAGUGGUGCCCGCUAUUCCGACGAUUUCUUUGUGAAACAACAGAGGAUUUGAUAGGCAGUGUGUCGUUGAAACAUCAUUGGGAAUUUGAAAUCUAUCUAAUAUUAAGUGCGUCGAAAGAAAAACUUGCAGAAAACGCAAAUGAGGGAUUUUUUAAAGAAAAAGACAAUGAGGAGAAUCUAAAAAAAAUUAGUUUUCCGUUCAGAUGACUAAUACUACAUUCAAAAAUAUGCGCGAGCACAAUCGACGGUGAGAUUUUAUACGCAGAUAUAGCGUGUAUGGUGAAUAUGGGAACGACCCUUCUAGCUGUAAUACUCACUGCGGCAUUGUCUGCGGCUGCGAAUAACAUCAGCGAACAAUGCCAAGUUCACAAUGAAAGGAGGAUUACGUGCAGUUGCAUCGGAAACGAGGAGUUUUUCCUACCGGAAGACUACAAUUACACGAACAUUAUCAGCGUGUCUGUCACAGAUUGCGCUUCAGCGAACCUCUAUUACUCCAGUUUUCCAGAGGCGAAUGGUCUCGAGGAGAUGGUAAUUCAGAAUAUCAAAAACAAGCUGAUCUUUGACGUCUUCUUCACAUCGAGCCACAUGAAACUACUGAAGCUCUCAAACAUUGGUUGGAUACCAACGAUUGCGAGCUAUACGUUCACAAACACAAUGGCUAUCGACAUGCUCACAAUCGAGAACGCGCUCAUCGAGAACUUCGACGAAGAGUUCACUUCCAUCAAUGUAACACAUUUUAUUAUGACGAACGUUACGAUCGAACGGAUGGACUGGCUAAACGUCUCUGAGAGAGGCACAAGAAUGUUGCGCAUUGAGAAUAGCGAGCUGCGUAAUAUCAAGGAAAGAUUGAACUUCGCCAAUUUUCUGAACAUCGAGAUUAUCGGCUCCAAGUUCGAGAUGCAGAAACCGGGAGUGAUGUCCAUCCAAGGCGACGUCGCCAUCGUGAGAAACAGCAUCUUUUCGAACGUGAGCAUGAACCUAGUCACUACGACCGCCAUCAUAAUAAAAGGCAUUUGCGCGGAUGGCAAGAGUACCCUGAGACUUAGUUCGAAACGCAUUGAUAGCACCGACAACAGAUUGCCGAACGAGAUAGCUUACCCGGGAGGCGAUCAACAUGGAGAAACGGAAUCCCUUACGAUUCGAAAUAACACGGUCUGCAAAGCCGGUAACUGCAAAUGCUUAAAAAGCAGCGGACAGGCUCCUUGUCGAGCGACGAUCCCAAUAUACAUCUUGUUGACAGGGUUCAUUAUUAUGCGCUACAUCUUAUGUCUUCAUGCUGCAACACUAACAAAAGCAGUUUUAUAACUUGAGUUUAAUUAGAUAAAAUCGGCUUUUAAAAAACCAAUCUUGCUCCUUGGUUCAAUAUAUUGAAAAAAAAGUGAUUGAUUUCUUUCAACUUGAUUAAAUUUCUUUAGAUCAAAUAUCUAUGCAGUUAAGUUAAAAUAUAAAUACUCUCUUAAACUAAAAUUAUAUUUAAGUUUUGUAUUUAAUCAAAUUAUAAACUCAAUUGACAAUAUGAGCCUUUGCAUGUUGUUGGGGCGUAAGAUAAUAAAUAUAAUAAAAAAAUUUUUUUAAUUAUUUUACGUAUAUAAUUAUUAUUUUUGUUAUCAAUUUACAUUAUAAAUGUUUCAAAAUAUGGACUCUUUAGAAUUUUAGAAGAAUUUCAUAUUCUUACUAUCUCACGCCCAACAACCACGAAGAUUCAUAUUGACAAUUGGUUUUAUAACUUGAUUUAUUCUUGGAGCUGUAAUUAUUGAUUUAUUAUAUUAAUUUUAUAUUUAACUUUUCUCUCAGUACAUUGAAAUGUAUAACAAUGAACAAAAUAAUUCUAAAAACAGCAUCUAUAUAUUUCUAAGCGCUGAAUUGUUUCUCAUGUGACUGUACUAUCAAGACGCUGGAUAAUUUAACGAUAAAACAAUUGCUCAAGCAAAAAAUUCAGAUGUAUUUUAUGGCUCUACCACCCCCUAAAAAAAAUGUUCUGUGAAGAAGUAUUACACCAUUAUAAAAAGAAACGUGAUAUAUAAAAUGAUCUAAACUAUAUAAUCCACUGUGCAAAUAAAUCAUGAUGUUUGCAAAAAAUAAUGGAAAAUCAAAUAAUAGGGAUGCAUUACUAUAUUGUAAUCACUCAGUUUUCCUUCAGUUAUAACUAUAGAAAAGAACAAUUUGUCAGAUUUUCAAGUUAUUUCCUUAUUAUAUUAGAUACUCUAAUUUGAACUCUUUUAAAUUAUUAUUCGUAUUCUUUUCUUAAAAAUGUAAUUAAAUAUUCAAAAUUGCAAACAUAGAAAAAAUAAGAAAAGUAACUAAAGAGAACAUACUUAUAUUAAAAUACAAAAUGUAUACAAUAAAUGUUAGGAAAAUUACAAAGUACCUUUAUUUUAUUCAAGAAUCUUCAACGAAACCUUUCUAAUACAAAAAACUCAUUUAAAUUGUCUUUCUAAUACACUUUAACACAUAAAAUAACAAAACUUAUUAAAAAUACAUAAAGUUCUCUAGUUACGAAAGGUAAUAUUACUACAAAACUCGGUAUUACUAUGACUAUACCAUAUUUCUAACCAUUGUAUGCACUAUUUUCCUGUACAUCCAAGUUAUAAAUAAAUAAAUAAAUUACAAAUAUCAAU